AUGAGCUUUUCCUAUUGGUUGAAAGAAAUCCCAAAUCUUGAGACAUUGAUACUUUGGCAUUGCGAAAGUUUGGCACUGCAAAGUCUUCCGCCUACGCUUUGGAUUCUCGAUGCUUCUGAUUGUGGAUCGCUCAAAAGCGCCAGUUUCUCCUUCUAUGAACCAGGAGGAUAUAUUACAGUCAACGACCAUAACUGUUUGAAACUGGAGAAAGAAGCGAUGAGAGUAUCUUCCUCUUUGUACGACCCAGACAUACCAGUCAUGUUCCCCAACUGUUUUUCACUUGAUGAAGAAGCAAGAAGAGUAAUCAUACAACGGUGGGCUUACAAGUGUGUGUGGUUACCAGGUAAAGAAGUCCCUGUAGAGUUCACUCACAAAGCCACAGGAAACUCCAUAACCAUCUCUUCGGGGACUUUCUCUACGUCCUCAAGAUUUAAGGCUUGCCUCCUGAUUUCCCCAAUCCCAAAUAUGCAGAGCGGCGAGUUUAUAGUUUGUUGUUUAAGAAGCAAAGGUGUCGUCAUCAAUGAACUUAAGUUUCGUGGAUUCUUUCUUAGAUCGAAUCCCCUAGUAAUGGAACGACACUUGUUCGUAUUUUCUGGGGAAUUGUUCAAAGAACACAUAUGCCUUGAAGUGGAUGCGACUACGAGUGAGAUUCAAUUUGAAUUCAGCUGCCAGGGAAAUGAUGGCAUGAUUACUGAAUGUGGUGUACUACAGAUCUUGGAGGAAGAAGAUGAGACUAGUAUACAGGUUGGUGGAAUUGUGCACAGUGAUGGAGCUGUGCAGGUCUCUAAAGAUGAAAGUGUCUUCAAAAGCAGUAAGCACAGAGGUUGGUGGAAUUGGCUAAGCUUAAGAAUCUUUAUCUAG